GAGAGAAAGAGAGGGGAGUGAGAGCAAGCAAGAAAGCUGAGAGAGAGCUGAGAAAGGGGGGAGAGAGAGCAAGCAAGAGAGGGAGAGAGCUAAGAGAGAGGGAGAGAGAGCGAUAGCUGUGAAGAGAGAACAAGCAAGAGAGAGUAUGUAUACUACAGAAUCCACUGCCUUCUCUACUAUUCCCACAUCUCUGUGCUUGUGAACUGGAGCAAGGAGUGAAUCUCAGGAGCAUGUUUUGCGGGUGUAUUUUGGGACUGUCAGCUACAAUGUUGGCAUGAAAUUAAAUGAAAAAAGGCUUUGAAUCUGUCUGUCUUGGAGGUGGAAAAGAGCGUGGAAACAUAGCAAAUGCAAACUAUUUCAUAGACUGAAUUGGAUUUAACGCAACAAGGGAAAUGCUGUCAAACUGGAGUUACAAUUAAACCUUAAGGGACUGGCACUGAGGACACGACCCUGCUGCCCGUGGAUUGGAUACAUCGCGCUACCCAGAUCAGCCUGUUCAGACUCAUAGCUCCUCAGUGGGGCAAAUCACUUUGUGUAGUUCACUGGGGAAAGAGGAGGAAGCUGACUUUAUGGGUCCCUUUCAACAAGUUGGAAAUCGCAAAUUCAACAAUGAGAGGUUUGGAAGGAAUCAGUGGCUAACAGCAAGCAUUUCAAAGCAUCCACUAGCCUGCUUUCAGUGGAGUGGCUGUGUGUUUUUUUUUUUCAGAGAUUCCACCCUAAAUACAGAGAAUGCCAGACUUUGAUGACAAAGUUUGAUGACAAAAUUUGCCCACAAAGGAUCACCGUGCCACCUUCCUGUUUAAGUGAGCACAGCACAAGGUAAUGACGUGGCUCAGGUUUGACCCCGGAGAUGCCGAAGAGACGAGACAUUCUGGCCAUCGUGUUGAUCGUGUUGCCUUGGACGCUACUUAUCACUGUUUGGCAUCAGAGUGCCAUCACCCCUCUGCUAGCUGCUCGAAAGUGUAAAGAUGACAGACAUGAGAGUCGACGAGACUCCCGGGACACCUUCACCCUCAAGGAGCCCUGCACCUCAGAGAACAACAAGGACAUUGUGGAGGUUGUGCGCACCGAGUACGUCUACAGCCGCCAGCCACCCUGGUCUGAUGUCCUCCCCACCCUCCACGUCAUCACCCCAACCUACUGCCGGCCGGUCCAGAAGGCAGAGCUGACCCGUCUGGCCAACACCUUCCUCCACGUGCCCAACCUGCACUGGAUCCUGGUUGAGGACUCUCAGCGACAAACCCUGCUAGUCACCAGGCUCCUUCAGGAAACAGGCCUGAACUACACCCACCUUAAUGUGGAGACACCCAGGAACUAUAAGCUGCGUGGGGACAUGAGGGACCCCAGGAUACCCCGGGGAACCAUGCAGAGGAACCUGGCUCUGCGCUGGCUUAGAGAGACCUUCAGCCCCAACAACAGCAACAGCCAGCCUGGUAUCGUCUACUUUGCAGACGAUGAUAACACCUAUAGUCUGGAUCUGUUUGAGGAGAUGCGUUCAACAAGGAAGGUGUCUGUGUGGCCUGUAGCCUUUGUGGGCGGCCUGCGGUACGAGUCCCCUAAAGUCAAUACCCUGGGCAAGGUUUACGGCUGGAAGACUGUGUUUGACCCCAACCGACCCUUUGCCAUAGACAUGGCUGGGUUUGCGGUGAACCUCCGCCUCAUUCUCUUUAAGCCUCAGGCCUACUUCAAGCUGCGGGGAGUCAAGGGAGGGUACCAGGAGAGCAGCUUACUGCGGGAGCUGGUCACCCUCAGCGACUUGGAGCCCAAGGCUGCUAAUUGCACUAAGGUACUUGUGUGGCACACUAGGACAGAGAAGCCUGUCCUGGUGAACGAGGGAAAGAAAGGAUUUACGGACUCCAACGUGGAGAUAUGAAACUUAUUUUGGAUCACAGGUUAUAUAUGGCUGGGAUUCCAAACGGACUGACAAAAGACAAGCUCCGGGCAAGCAGGAUCAGGGUGAAAUAUAUAUUUACUGUAAUACGACUGUAAAGGGAGUAAGACAGCCUUAUUGUCUACUACAAGUAGUACACAGCUACGUAUCAAUACAGGCAUAGAAUAUCAAAGCACAGAUUCAUGGAGGAUGGUGAUACUGUAUCUAGCUAAGCGCUUUACUGAUGCAUCAAUGGAAGACGCCCACAAGGAGCUUGCCAGUCGUCAGAGUGCAACUGAAGCAAAAGACUGUCGGCGGUUCAAACAACAGGAUGGCUUCAUACAGUGGUCAACAGGAAGCGGCCAUAAGCCAGCUGACACAAACCAACAUGAUCGUAACCAGGCACUGGACCAAACUGAAUCAAUCAGGGGCCCCGAAUGGCUUUUGUCUGUUGGUGAUUAGUCUCCUUUUGUUGUGGAGCGGACUGUACUUGGGGUGCAGAACAGAGCUGGAUAAAGUAGUUCUUGUCUGACUGGAGUCAGGAUUGACUGACAGACUGAUCUGGAAAGGACAUGAACCCUUCCCAUGUCCCAUUGUAAAACACUGAGCUAUUCAGACAGCUCUGCUCCCUCAAACCUAUCACUAAUUAGAACACGUCUCACACACAUACACGUCUGUACACAAACAUCCGCACGCAUACACGCACAGAGUAAUCAGUGUAGGAACAAUGAUUUAGCAUAACCCCCGUACUGUAAUGCCAGCUUUUAUUUGCUGUUGCAUCUUUUACUGAUCAUAUAACACUAUAUCAGCACUUUCAGAUCAGGGUCUGUUGUCUGUUACAGUUUCUCAAUCACGUACAAGCAUUUUUUUUAAACAAUCGAUUUUCAAAACAGAGUUCACAAGACAGAACUCUGUGGCUUUUCGCAAAACAGUAAAUGGUUGCCUUACCAAAAUGUAUUUGCCUUCUCAAAUUAUAAAUACAUUAAAUCAAAACUAAAAUUGUACAUUCAAAAUUGCUAAUAAAUUGCUAAUAAAUUCAUCAAAACAACAUGACUGCCUGCAAAAAGAUGAACACAAAUAUACUUAUCUCGAGUCCAAGUAGACUCGAGAAAAAAAUCCCAGUAGAUCAAUAGAUUUUCCUUGCAGUUACUAAAUCAUGAUGAUCAAAAUUGUAAGUCCAACUAUCCAAAAGUGCAGAAUUAUGUGCAAUUACUCUCCUUUUAUGCAUAUUUCACCAAACAAUUUCAUACAAAUUAAAUUAAAUAUAUUCCUGAUAAGAAACAAAAUUAGCACAUUGUGUGCAGGAUUCAUCGAUAUGAUCACAAUCCAAUUCCAUUCCAUAGUCAAUACAUAACUAUGAGCAAACCAGGCUUUGUAGACUCCAUUGGUGCACAGAAACACAAUCCAAAAUAGAAAUAAGGAAAGGUGAAUACAAUGGAAGAAUACAACUGGUAUGAAUGUAUAGGGAGGCCUCAAAGCAAAACCUCUAUAACAAUAGGGUCAGUAUCUCCUGUAAAAUCUAACACGAAACCCAAACCGGCUGCGCGCGUGCGCCAUCGUGCGCCUUCGUGCAUACAUUUAUUUUGUCCCCCUACACCUAAUGCAAUCACGACACGCAGGUUAAAAUAUCAAAACAAACUCUGAACCAAUUAUAUUAAUUUGGGGACAGGUUGAAAAGCAUUAAACAUUUAUUGAAAUGUAGCUAGUUAGCUUGCACUUGCUAGCUAAUUUCUCCUAUUUAGCUAGCUUGCUGUUGCUAGCUAAUUUGUCCUGGGAUAUAAACAUUAAGUUGUUAUUUUACCUGAAAUGCACAAGGUCCUCUACUCCGCCAAUUAAUCCACACAUAAAAUGGUCAACUGAAUCGUUUCUAGUCAAUCUCUCUUCCUUCCAGGCUUUUUGUUCUCUUUAUAUUGCGAUUGGCAACUUUCAUAAAUUAGGUGCAUUACCGCCACUGACCUCGUUCGUCUUUCAGUCACCCACGUGGGCAUAACCAAUGAGGAGAUGGCACGUGGGUACCUGCUUCUAUAAACCAAUGAGGAGAUGGGAGAGGCAGGACUUGCAGCGCGCGAUCUGUGUCAGAAAUAGAACUGAUUUCUAUUUUAGCCCUUGGCAACAAAGACGCUCAUAGGCGCAUGCGAGCAGUUUUUAUUUUGCAACGCUCUCUCACGUGACGCGAGCGGUGUGGUCAGCCUGUAAGAUAUGCAAGUCAGGUACACCAGCAAAGAAAUUAUCAGAAGUUCUGUAAAUGUAUUUGAGCAUUUGAUCAUUGAUUUUCUGCUAUAGUGUGUUUCAACACCGAUUAAAAAUGUCCUUGUAUCCGAUUGAGAAAAACACAUUUUGGAGUGAAAUACGCAUCACAUUUUUUCACCUCUCCAACAGACAAUUAGGUAAGGACAUUUGCCAAUAAAACGAGAGCUAGUCAAUUAAAUAUUAUUAUUUCACAACACAUACUACAUCAGUCACAGGAUAAAUGCUUUCCCUUGAUAUGCCAUUUUCUAACCAGUCUGGACCCCAAAUGGCACAUAAUGAUCUUUGAUCUGAUAUUCAAAAGUAAACAGAGGGAAUGUCUGCUUUGUAGACAACCACUGAAAUUACACAAAUUUACCCCACAUGUCAAUGUCUCUUUUUUUCCCCUUGUUUGACAUGGUUUAUUGCGACUAAUGGCUGAUAUUUACAUUUUUUUUCAAACAUAGCAUUGGUUUCCCUUUUUAUAAAGUAAAUCUUAUACAGUCCUGGUCUCAGGGAAGACCAAAUAUUGAAGUGCAAACAUACAGCACAGUAACUCAUAAUUGCCAAUAUGUUACAUGAUAAAUAUCACAACUAAAACUGACUAAGCCUGUCAAUCAGUGGUCAGAUGAUACAGGUGUAAUGUUUCAUUUGGAAGUUUAGUUUUUUAAAUGUAUUUAACUAGGCAAGUCCUCUUUAGGAUCCACCCUUUAAAAAAAAAAUGUUUAGCCUAAAAUGACAUACCCAAAUCUAACUGCCUGUAGCUCAGGACCUGAAGCAAGGAUAUGCAUAUUCUUUAUACCAUUUGAAAGGAAACAUUUGGACAUUUGUGGAAAUGUGAAAUGAAUGUAGGAGAAUAUAACAUAUUAGAUUUGGUAAAAGAUACAUACAAUACACAUUUUUAAAAACGUGUUCUUUUGUACUAUCAUCUAAGAAAGGCCAUAAUGUAUUAUUCCAGCUCAGGCACAGUUUAGAUUUUGGGCAGUAGAUGGCAGCAGUGUUUGUGCAAAGUUUUAUACUCAUCCAAUUAACCAUUGCAUUUCUGUUCAAAUGUGCCUAAUUGGUUUAUUAAUCACUUUUCAAGUUCAUAACUGUGCACUCUCCUCAAAUAAUAGCAUGGUAUUCUUUCACUAAUAACUACUGUAAAUUGGACAGUGCAGUUAGAUUAACAAGAAUUUAAGCUUUCUGCCAAUAUCAGAUAUGUCUAUGUCCUGAGAAAUGUUCUUGUUACUUACCUCAUGCUAAUCACAUUAGCCUACGUUAGCUCAUCCGUCCCGUGGGGGACCCAACGAUCCUGUAGAGGUUUAAGAACAAACUCUUAUUUACAAUGACGCCUACACCGGCCAAAGCCGGACAACACUGAGGCUCCUGAGUGGCGCACUGCAUCUCAGGACUCGAGGUGUCACCACAGACACCCUGGUUUGAUUCCAGGCUGUUUCCCAACCGUCUGUGAUUGAUAGUCCCAUAAGGCAGCACCCAAUUGGCCUAGUGUUGUCCGGAUUUGGCAGGUGUAGACAGUCAUUGUAAAUAAGAAAUGGUUCUUAACUGACUUGCCUAGUUGAAUAAAGGUUAAACAAAAAAUUGUGUGUCGCCCUAUGGGACUCCCAAUCCCGGCCGGUUGUGAAACAGCCUGGAAUUGAACCAGGGUGUUUGUAGUGACGACUCCAGAAUGCUUUCAUUUACAUCAUGACACACACAGAAAGCGAUGAUUUGUUAGUCUACACAAUGAUUCCAGUUGAAAAUAUGUUUUGUUAGGCUGGGAUAUAUAGUUCUAGUUCUUUGUUUCAAUAAAUAAACCUGUUUGCAUGACAUUUCAUGUAAAUAAAAUGGAAAUAAAUACUCUACUCAAGAUGGAUGAGGUGAGUUAUCCCCAUAAAAUGUUCAGCACUUUGGGGCCCAGUGAAAAACCAAUGUGAAAACGCGAUCCACUCAUUAUUACUGUCUAUCAAAAGUACAGUAGCUUUGGAAUGCAGUCACUGAUUGUCCACAACCAUGCCCAGAUCAGGAGUCUCUUCAAACAUCUUACAGUUAGCUUUCUGCUCCUCAAACACAAUGAGCUGCAUGAUGAUGAUGAAGAAACAAAUAAAGGUAACUAAAAGAUA